AUGGAAGCUGGAGGACAAAGGCGCAGAUGGGAGUACUGCUGGAUUGCUUUGUGUAUUUCUUUUCUUCUUGGCAUCGGACAGCAAGUUUCAGCUCAGAUAAGAUAUUCAGUUCCAGAAGAAGUAAAAGAAGGAACCGCAGUCGGAAAUAUCGCAAAGGAUUUGGGUCUUGAAGUAAGUAGUUUGGUGGACAGGCAGUUUCGAAUCGUUUCUGGAUCUAAGGAGGAGCUUUUUCAGAUAAAUCAGGAAAAUGGCGUUUUGUACGUUCAUAAGAAAAUCGACAGAGAGUCUGUGUGUGCUGGCAGCGGUGUUUGCAUGGUAAACUUAAAAACUGUUAUUGAAAAUCCACUCGAGAUCCAUUAUGUAGAAGUAGAAAUAUCAGAUAUAAACGACCAUUCUCCUAGUUUUCCUGAAAAAGAGCAGCGUCUCAGAAUUUCUGAAAAUACGCUCCCUGGCGCUGAUUAUCAGUUACAGGCUGCCGGAGAUCCAGAUUCUGGAACAAAUUCGGUGCGGUCUUAUAAGUUAAGUCCUAAUGAUCAUUUUGAAAUUCGAGUUCGAGAGAGUGAUGAGGAUAAAAUGCCAUUUUUAGUCCUUAAGAAGGCUGUUGAUAGGGAGAUUACAACUACAUACAAACUCAUUUUAACAGCAGUUGACGGAGGAAAUCCUCCGAGAUCUGGCACCCUUAACAUUACUAUUACUGUUCUAGAUAUCAAUGAUAAUCGCCCUGUAUUUAGUCGAGAGUCAUACUCUGUGACACUGUCGGAAAACUCUGUUAUUGGCACUAUGGUUGUUCGAGUAAAUGCAACUGAUAUGGAUGAGGGCACAAACAGUGAUAUUGAAUACAGUUUUUCAACGUUAAACAGUAAAGUGCACGAGGUUUUUGAGCUCGAUCAGGUCACAGGUGAAAUACGUGUAAAGGGGGAAGUGGAUUUUGAAGAUACAGAAGUUUAUAAACUCGAUAUUCAAGCCUCAGAUAAGGGGCAUCUACCAAUGUCUGCAAACUGUAGAGUUGUUAUUAAGAUUAUUGAUGUGAAUGACAACCGGCCUGAGAUUGAGAUUACAUCGCUUUCUAAGAACAUCCCUGAAGAUUCUAAACCUGGAACGGUAAUUUCUCUCGUCAGUGUGACUGAUAAAGACGCAGGGAUCAAUGGUAAAGUGAUUUGUCAGUUAAACACAAAUAUUCCCUUUGAACUAAAGCCUUCUUUCAAAGACAAUAUGUACUCUUUAGUGACAAAAGAUCGGUUAGAUAGAGAGAUGAAUUCACGAUAUGACAUUACAAUAACUGCCUCUGAUUUAGGUCAGCCGUCUUUGACUGCAUCGACCACUUUAAGCGUUCAGAUUUCUGAUGUGAAUGAUAAUGCUCCGGAAUUUUUAUUAAAUCCUCUAGAUCUCUACUUAAUGGAAAACAAUGCAGCCGGUUCCUCCAUAAUUUCAGUAAGCGCCUCUGAUCGAGACACAGCUGAAAAUGCCGUCAUAUCCUAUCACAUAAUUAGAGGUGAUGGCACACAGAAUGAUUUGUCAUCUUUCUUAAAUAUAAAUUCCGAGACAGGUAUUGUUUAUUCGUUGAAAAGCUUUGACUUUGAAACAUUAAAAUCUUCCCACUUCCACGCGCUCGCUACAGACUCUGGAACUCCGUCUCUGAGCAGUAACGUGACAAACAACGUGACAUUUUAUUUGAUCAUCACUUUGGGCUCGGUUUCAGUGCUUUUUGUCAUCAGCAUCAUCGUGUUGAUUGUGAUGCAGUGCUCUAAAUCGACAGACUAUUCGUCCAAGUAUUUACAGGAAACAAAUUACGACGGGACUCUGUGUCACAGCAUCCAGUACAGAUCUGGAGACAAACGGUACAUGUUAGUUGGACCCAGAAUGAGUAUCGGCUCUACUAUAGUCCCUGGCAGUAAUGGAAAUACUCUAGUGAUCCCAGAUCGCAGGAGGAGAUAUUCUGGGGAGGAGAAUUGUAUUACUGGCAUUGUGGUUAUCCGAGUGAAUGCAACUGAUAUGGAUGAGGGCCCGAAUAGCGAUAUCGAAUACAGUUUUGCAACAUUAAACAGCAAAGUGCACGAGGUUUUUGAGCUCGAUCAGGUUACGGGUAUUGUUUAUUCGUUAAAGAGCUUUGACUUUGAAACGGCUAAAACGUUCCAGUUCCACGUGCUCGCUACAGACUCUGGAACUCCGUCUCUGAGCAGUAACGUGACAGUGAACGUGUUUAUUCUGGAUCAGAACGACAACGUUCCAGUGAUCUUAUAUCCAGUCAGCGCUAACGGUUCUGCUGAGGGUGUGGAAGAGAUUCCUCGUAAUGUGAACGCAGGUCAUUUGGAAGUUAGUGACCACAGUCUCUUUGGUUUGGACCGCUAUACAGGACAGAUAAGGACCCUUCGCUCAUUCACAGAAACAGACGAGGCCCAGCAUAAACUGCUCAUACUGGUCAAAGACAAUGGGAACGUUUCUCUCUCAGCGACAGCGACUGUGAUUGUCAAAGUUGUGGAGCCCAAAGAGGCUUUUGCAGCUUCUGAUAUUAAAAAUGCAGUAAAAGACGAGGAGGAAAACAACUGCUCUAAAUCGACAGACUAUUCGUCCAAGUAUUUACAGGAUACAAAUUACGACGGAACUCUGUGUCACAGCAUCCAGUACAGAUCUGGAGACAAACGGUACAUGUUAGUUGGACCCAGAAUGAGUGUCGGCUCUACUAUAGUCCCGGGCAGUAAUGGAAAUACUCUAGUGAUCCCAGAUCGCAGGAGGAGAGGUUCUGGAGAGGUGUGCAUUUCAUACUGUUUACUUUAG